AUGUCUGGUAUAAUUUACGAUAUUUCAUUAAAGUAAAUUGCUUAGUUAUAGUCAACAACUGUAAUAGAAUUAUCACUUCCAUUUAGCACUAUCAAUUGCCUUUCUAAAAAUAUUAGCUAAGAUAACUGUGAGGGUAUAUUAUAAGUUUAUUUUAUAUAUCUAUGA